AUUGCUUCGAUAACUAAGUUUAAAUUUCGCGCAGUCGCAGGUCAGCGAGACAUCUAACGAUGAACAGACCGAAUUAAUUACCAUUUAACUUUACGUUCAUUUCAUUCUUGCUUUACAUUGGUUUUCAUUUGCUUAGAUACCUCUCUUCGUAUAUAAUUCUCCCAUUAGGUGGUCUUUUAGGGUCCAUAGGUCCUCUUUAACUCAAGUACUAGUAGGUGCAUCCAGAAAGCUCACUAGGCUGCUCUGUGAGCAGAUUUUAGUACCCAGUGGCGCCAUCGGUGACAAAACGCCCAAGUUUGUAGUGAAAAUAGUUCCCAUCGUUUUUAUAAAAUGGCGCCACCGAUAUCUUCUUUUUUUUUAUUUUUUAAAGUGCGUAGAUAUCCUCUACAUUGCACUGUCUUACAACUAUAAUCACAAUAUAGGCGUUUCCUUAUAACUAGUUUACAAAAUAUUUUAUGUUAAGAAUUACAUAUUAGUUGUAACUAAACCUAUUUGUACUUUCCUUAUUCUAGGGCUAUGUAUAUUAAACUUACGAUCUAUGUUUUUGAGCACCGUUUGGAUAUAUAUACUUAUUGUUGAUUAUUACAUUAUUUUGUACUAGGUUUUCCUAGCUUGACGCACCAAUCUUUUUUUUUUUAUAUUUGUAAAGAGGCUAAGGAUUUACUAUCAAUUGACUUAACUUUGUUCUAUUCCAUUGUCUCAGUCUUUUUAUUUAAUACUUCUGUGUGUUCUUAUACAUAUAUUUCAGACUUUUGAACUUCUAUUACUAUUGUAAAAUACAAAAUAUAAACAUUUAUCAACAAUACAAUAUGAAUACAAUAAAAUAAAAUAAAAGUAUCUUAAUUUAUUGUUAUUUUCCUAUCGAACUUUUUUUUUUUAACAGCCUUUUAGUUAACUCUAUACUAUCUCUUUUUCCUUACGUAUCUAAAUCUAGCUAAUAACGUUUAGCUUUGUACCAUUUGUUUCUUCCUACUUUGGAACAUUUGCAUAACCUGUAAAUACCCUGCACAUGUAUCCCGGUUAUUUAAUUUUAAGUACUAUUUUGGCAUUUUUCCUAGCCACCGAUAUCUUUAAUUAAUUAUUCAUUAUUUUUCAUAUUACAAAUGAAUGAUUAAUACAAUUGUUUCCUUUAUAAUAAUACAAUAUACUAGUUAAUGUGUCAAAUAUAUAAUUUCUAUGAAUAGUUAUUCAAUUUAGCAAUAAUUAUCGACACCAUUAGUUAGUACCGACAUCUAGCAGCAACAGUGGGAACUUUUUAAACUACGAACUUGGGCGUUUUCCUACCGAUGGCGCCACUAACUGAGGGUCGAUAAUUAUUGCUAAAUUUAAUAACUAUUCAUAGAAAUGAUAAAUUUGACAUAUCAACUAAGAUAUCGCACUGUUAUAAAGCAAAGAAUCCUAUUAAUCAUGCCUUUAUGAAAAAUUAAGAAUAAUUUAUUAAAGAUAUAAGUGGCGCCAUUGGUACUAAAAUCUGCUCACUGAGCGGCUUAGUGACCUUUUUGGAUCACCCACUAUAGCUACAAUCAAGCUAAGAAUUCUAAUAAUUAGAGGGUCUUGGGUAGGUCUUUAAUAAUUAGAGGAUCUCUAGUCUCAGCUUCUGUCUGUUUAUAGUUAAAAAAGGGAUACCGAACCUAAUAACACCUGAAUCGAGGUAGCAGGCAACAUGGCGAUUUCCCUGGUUGUUUGUGUGAAAAAGUUGUUAUCUAUCACCUUUGACUGUAUACUUAGGUAUAUACCUAGGUAUAUAGUCAAAGGUUAUCGCAGGAUAGAGCAGUAUUGUUGCUCUCGCUACUAAUUAUUACUGACUCUAGACAUCAGAAUUCUCAAAUAAAAUUUAUCUGAACUUAUUUAAAUCCUGAAUAUCAAAUUACGGCGAAUCCUAUCUUUAAUUUCCUAAAAUAUGAUUCAAUAUAAAUGAGUAAGAUGCGUGACAUUAAAAUGAUGUCAUUGUGGAAUUUCCCUGUUGCAAUCUUUGGCAUCUCGUACACGUAACUUUGAUGUUGUUUAAACCAACUGUGUAGCAAAUUAAAAGAGCAACGAACGCGAUGCACGUUUGACUUACGUCAACGCAGCAUUAAUCUAUAUAGGGAAUCGUGCACCUUUCACGAACAGUGCUAGAAAUAAAUAGGCUUGAAUAGGCUCUUGAACCUCGACACGCGAAAGGAAAACAGAAACGGAGAAAAAUAUAUCGUUCGAAAUGAAAGGAAAAAGACAACGCUAGCAGGCGAAUCGUGAAAUGUAUAAGCGAGAUAAACGAUAAAAGAAGGAAAAAGAGAGAACGAGAAGUGAUGGCGUAAACUUAACUAUACGGCAUUCGUAACGUUUCAGUCGCAGGAUCACACGUGCGGUGUGAGUGCUGUAUGGUGCUGUAUUAAAUGAUUGAACAGGACCCGAUCAGUUUUUUUGUCAGUGUUCCCCGAUGUGAAAGUUAAAAUACAACAACAAAUCGGUGCCAACGUCGUUUUACCGUUUUUGUUUCGUUCCUGCCUACUGUUUCAUAAACAAACUUCCGCGUUUCCAUUUGUUUUGUUUCGCAUGUGUAUUUGUACUAGUUAACCACAAGAUUGAGGUUAGAAAAGACGUGUGACACAGUUCUUCGUGUCGUGCCCGCGAACAGAUUGUUAAGAAGCAAAUAAUUAAAAUGUGUUUGUAAUGCGAUCACACGAAGCCAAAAGAAAUUUGAAAAGGAUGCUGUUAUUUAUAUUCACUUGAAAAGAAGACGCGAAGCUAUAGUCUCGUUAACGGACAUAAGGGCACACAUUAAAAACAACAAAACGACAGGUCGCACAAAUGACAUAAGAAUCGUCGUGUUUGGACGUUGAAGGCUGAAUUUUACAGACAAGAGCGAAAGUGAAGACAAAUUCAAACACUCUGGAGGAAAGAAAAGUGGAUAUCCAAAAUGGGCGAGAAACGGGGCACGAAGGCGUUAGAACUAUGGUGCCGAAGGAUAACCGCGGGUUACCCUGGUGUGAAUGUACAAAACAUGACUACUUCUUGGAAGGACGGUCUCGCUUUUUGCGCAAUGAUUCACCACUUUCGGUCAGAUCUCAUAGAUUUCAACAGUUUAGACAAGAACGACGUGUACGGAAACAACGAACUAGCCUUUAAAACAGCAGAGAAACACCUUGGAAUUCCAGCCCUUCUGGACGCGGAAGACAUGGCCUCCUGCUCUGUGCCAGAUCGGUUGUCGAUUUUAACCUACCUAUCACAGUUCUACCAAACUUUCGGUGGUUCUUCCCCAAGCCGACUUGUAGUGAAUAGAACAUCGGAAGCCGAAGGUGAAAGGAUCGUUCCAACGUCCGAGUCUCCGAAACAAAAGGUGGCGUCGUGUCUGGGCAUACGAAGAGAUCCGUGCAUCGCGUGCAGACUUCCUGUUUUCCUGGCGGAGAAGCUGGUCGUGUCCCGUGGCACUUAUCAUCGUACUUGUUUUCGUUGUGCUCGCUGCAACAAUCAAUUAACACUUGGCAAUUAUUACGAGACCGAGGAAGGUCAAUUCUGCUGCGAAACGUGCCCUGACGAAGACGCCUCGUCACCCGCGACGGAAAAAUACAAGGCCGCAAUGUUAAGUGAAACAUCCGAGAACAUGGAGGAUAACGACACCACCGCCGAGUCAAGCUAUAAAGAUUGUUACGGCGAGAAAAGCACGGAUGGAAUGCUUAGUUACAGUUCUAUGCAAAGUCUAGGGUUCCCAGAUCCCGCUAUUCCCGACGUGGUCGCACAAACCUCUCGAUUAAGACUGAAUUUCAUAUCGAAUCACCUGCUCUCGGAAAAAGAUAAAGAAGCAGACAUCGUCAGCGACUCUCUGGUGAGCAGCGAUUUGAGCGCUGUCGAGACGGAAAUGGCAAACGGAAAAGAGGAUGAAUAUAAUUGUUCUAGUGGUUCCUCGAGACCUGAACUUCAAUUUGAAAGAGGCACGAUUGAAGAAAAUCAUGGUGAGGAUCACACGAAAGCGAAGGACUGCGUAAAUGAUAGUUUAAGUAGUAACGCGACGGAGGAGGAGCGUAAAUUAAUUGGCACUCUAUCUGUAGUUAAGAAUGAAUCGGUUAAUUCAAUUACUAGAAUGAACAAUGCGAAAGAGCUGUCGGGUCAUACCGACGGGAGCGAAGACGCGGAUAAUUGCCUGUCUCUAGUUCAAAGAAGGCUGAAGAUGUUCGAAAGUCAGGAUAGGGUAGACCAUACCGAGAGAAAAAAGAACGAGCAUCAAAUUAUCAACGUAUUAGAAUCUAAAGCUCAGAAUAAGCAGCAUGUAGAAGUAACAAACAAUGGCCAUACAGAUUUAACGAUUGAUCAACAGAAAAGUGAUGUGAAAGUUCCAGAAAGUAUUGUAGCCAGUAGUCCUACCGAAAGUUUGUUAAGUUUUAAUAGAAUAAGUUGCAGUCAAUCGAAUUCGAAGAUCGAUGACACAACCGAUAGCGAUGCAAGCUCUUUGCCGAGCGGUACUAACAAUAUUAACGUGGAGGAAACACAAAAGAGCGCAGAUACUAUGGAUGCAUCUGAAGUACCUUCGUUAUACAUGGAUAAAGAAAGUAACGAAGAUAAAGUACCUGAUACUAUUGCAAAAGAGAUUAAUGAAAUUCACGCAGCAAACGCGGAUUCAGGUGUAGAGAAAGAUUAUCCGAAAGACUUGAAUCCCUUUAAAAGUGACGAAGAAGAAGAGGACGUCGAUAAGAGUCGAACAAGUGUAGAAAAUUUCAAAGCUACCAAAGAUUCAACGAAUCCUUUCGAUAGCGAUGAUGACUCCCCAGACCAGGAGGAGAACAAGCCACAGAUUGGCACACCACCAAAACCGACCACAAGAAGCAACGUUAACAACAGCAAACAUAAACAACAGAUUCUUAUGGAAAUACAAACAAGAAGACGACUGAUUGCACCGCAAAUUAAUUUGAAUUCCUUUUCGAGCGACGAGGACGAUCACAAUAGCGAUUCGGAGUAUCAUGGGGAAAGAUUUAAGACUAUGCCUGUUCCUAAACCGCGCACCAUUAGGCAUAUUCAAGAAAUAGGACUAAGUCACAGUAGUUUGUCGACGUCAAAUGGUUCUUUAACAAGUUUAGAAUCUGGAAGCGUAACUCACGGAGCAACCUCUAGAAAGAAGAAGCCAGCCCCAUUGCCACCAAACCUGAAGGACACAGGUUUUUCCAAUCAACGUACAUUAACGCGCCAAUCGCACAACAAUUCUGCUGAUAAUCACGAGUCAUGUCCACGCACAACCCCUAAGACGCGCAAAACAAAACCUGCACCACCUCCACCACUAAGAAGCAGCAGUCCAUACAACACACCUGUUAAAGGAACUUUGACUUUCAACGAGUCUCCAAUAGUUGCGUCACGUAAAAUGAACCAAGACGCAUCGGAAGAUAAAAAGACCAACAAGGAUGAAGCAAACAGGAACAAACAAAGUUUGAUGCAUAUACCAUGCGGAGAGAAUUUCGAUUACAAAUCGUACGUAGACAAAAGUACUCAAGGAAAGUGGAAGAGAAAGAAGGGCCCGGCUCCACCUUGUCCAAUGCCAUAUAAAAGAAAGGUAAAAAUAUUGUCCCUGGAGGACGUCAAAUUAGAAUUAGAUGAAAUUGAAAUGCAACAACAGGGCUUGGAAAAACAAGGAGUGCGACUAGAACAACUAAUUAGACAUAAAUGCGAAUCUGGACUUAAUACUGAUGAUGUAUUUCCUGGCACAGAUGUAGAAGAAUUAGUUCUAGAAUUAUUUGCCCUAGUAAAUGAGAAGAAUGAAUUGUUCAGGCGACAGGCGGAGUUGAUGUUACUUCGAAGACAACAAAGAUUAGAGGAAGAACACGUCGAAGUGGAAUACCAAAUUCGAUGUUUAAUGUCGCAGAACGAAUCUACAAAGACGGACUUUGAUAAACAGAAAGAAGAAAUAUUGAUACAGAGACUUAUAGAAAUUGUCGAACGACGGAAUGAAAUUGUCGAAUGUUUGGAAAUGGAUCGUCGCCGAGAAAUAGAAGAGGAUAGAAGUAUACACAAACACAUGGAUUUGUUUGCUGCCAAGAAAAAGAACGAGACAUCGUGUAACGAAAUAGAAGAUCCCUCAAGUUCAAAAACAAAGAAAGGCAAGUUAAAAAAAAGAUUGAAGGAGAAGAAAUUCAGUAGGUCAACUAAAAAGGAUAUCGAUAAGGAUAUAGACGAGACUGAGUUAUCCCUCAAACGUAAUACUAAGCGAAAAUGGUUUUAAGGUGCAUCUCUUACUUAAGUUAAAAACUGUCCAUACAAUUACUCAAUGUCAGUCUAUAGAAACUAUUACCUCGAAUAAGUUUUACAUUAAAUGUUUCACAAUACAUAUUUAAGUUUCUAUAAUCUAUAUUUUAAUUAAUCAGAAACCCACUAAAACUAUUUUCUGAUUAUAUCACAAAUCUGUCCUUACAACAUUCUACGACUUAAACCUAACACAUAUUGCAGUAACCGUAUCUUUUUAUCUUCUAUUUUAUUUAUAGGUCUCUUAAAAUAAAGACGAAAGCUAACAAUAACA